AUGAACACAUUUGCAGACCGUUUCUCGACAACAGGCGCUCUGAUGAGGACGAGUUUUUCCGAUGCUGCGUGGGGUUCCGAGGCCGGCUUUGGUAGCCUAGCGAAGGGUGUGCCCACUUUCAGUGUCCCGAAUAUUCCGGAUAUCUCUCAUGGAACAACAACGCUUGCUUUCAGGUUCCAAGGAGGUGUCAUCGUCGCAGUUGAUUCCCGUGCUACCGCAGGCAGCUACGUUGCUUCGGGAACUGUGAAAAAGGUGAUUGAAAUCAACCCUUAUCUUCUUGGGACGAUGGCUGGUGGUGCAGCCGACUGUCAAUACUGGGAAACAUACCUUGGAAUGCACUGUCGACUUCACGAGCUUCGAAACCGGGAGCGCAUAUCCGUGUCUGCAGCAAGCAAAUAUCUAAGCAACCUUGUCUACAGCUAUAAGGGUAUGGGGUUGAGUAUGGGAACGAUGAUUUGUGGGUGGGAUAAGACGGGUCCAGCUGUGUUCUAUGUCGACUCUGAUGGUACCCGCCUGAAGGGCGACCUGUUUUCGGUAGGAUCUGGUAGUACGUUUGCGUACGGUGUACUAGAUCAAGGCUAUCGCUGGGACUUGACGGAUGCAGAGGCACAAGAACUCGGUAGGCGUAGCAUCUACGCUGCUGGUCAUCGAGAUGCUUUCUCUGGAAACACCUGUAAUCUCUACCACGUCAAAGAAGAUGGAUGGAUAUUCAUUGGCAACUACGAUAUAUCCAAGAUGCACUACGAUGGCCCAGGCGAUGUACCUGGUGCUCCUGGUGGCGGAUACGGAUACGAGACGCGUGUUGAAGGGCUUAGUUCAGCAGACCCUCCUGUGGCAGCCCAGGCAUAG